AUGUUUGGUGAAGAGGUAUGUCUUUAGAUUUCAUCUGAAGUUGGCCAGUGACUCAGCUGCUCCCUGGACAGCCAGGGGAAGGUCAUUCCAGCACACAGAAGAUGCCAGGACAGAGAAGAGUCUUGAUUCAUGUCCUUCUUGUAUCUUGAGGGAUAGUGGGUCCAGUUUAGCUGUGAUAGAGGCUUGAAGGGAGAGUGGUGCAGAGUGGGUGUGAUCAGUACCUUAAGAAAUGGCCGGCUCUAUGUUGCAGCCUUUUCAGCUGUUUUGGGCAGUUUUAUUUUUGGAUACGCCAUGGUGUUUCCCUCCGCGGUGAUUCCACAGCUUCAGGAUGAUGAUGAUCCACGUCUGCACAUGGACAUUCGUCAGAUUUCCUGGUUUGGGUCUGUUUUUGCGAUUGGAGCGAUAGUAGGAGGGUUGAGUGCCAUGUUGAUGAAUGACAUAAUUGGAAGGAAACACAGCAUCAUGAUAUCUGUAAUUCCCUCCACGGCGGGGUUUCUCAUGAUGGCGGCAGCGAAUAAAGUGUGGUUGCUUCUCCUGGGCAGAUUGCUCACAGGCAUCGCUGCUGGCAUUACAGCCAGCUCCAUUCCUGUCUAUGUGUCAGAGAUUUCACAUCCAUGUGUCAGAGGUUGCCUGGGAUCCAGUCCUCAGAUCAUGACUGUCAUUGGAGGUCUGGCACUCUAUGCUCUCGGCUUGGUUCUGCCGUGGCGGUGGCUGGCUGUAGCUGGGGAAGUUCCCGUUCUGAUUAUGCUAUUCCUCUUGUGCUUCAUGCCUAACUCCCCACGUUACCUCAUCACCAAAGGCAAAUUGGACGAGGCUGGCAGAGCCCUCCAAUGGCUCAGGGGCCCUGAUUCAAACUAUAUCGCUGAACUCAAUCGAAUUCAACAGAGUGUCAAUUCCCAGGUUGGAAUGCAGUGGUCAGAUCUUAAGAAUCCAUUCUACUACAAGCCGAUCUUGAUCUCUGUGCUUAUGAGAUUCCUGCAACAGAUGACAGGUAUUACACCCAUCUUGGUUUAUCUGGAGCCUAUCUUUGAGAAAACAGUUGAUUUACUGGAUCCCAAGUAUGAUGCAGCCAUAGUGGGAUUUGUUAGACUGUUCACUGUCACGAUCGCAGCCUGUUUAAUGGACAAAGCUGGCAGGAAAUCUCUGCUCUACGCAUCAGCAUUUAUAAUGUACCUGGCCAUGCUGACAGUGACCAUGUACACCCACAAAACAUCAUGUGAUUCUGGGAAUGUAACUGUUGGAGUCCUGUCAGCAACAGAGCCAUUUGGAGUCAUGAUUGGUAGUGGGUUAAGCUCUGGCACACUUAUCCCCCUCUUCAGCAUCAUCUUUAUAGUAGUUGGUUAUGCAAUAGGCUGGGGUCCGAUCACAUGGCUGCUGAUGUCGGAGAUCCUGCCGAUGAAAGUGCGUGGCGUUGCUUCAGGCGUGUGUGUGGUGGUCAGCUACAUCACUGCUUUUGUGCUGACACAACGCUUCAUGAUAGCAGUGGAGGCAUAUGGACUUUUUGCACCGUUUCUGUUCUUCUGUGUGAUCUGUGUACUGAACAUCAUAUUCACUGCCAAGUGUGUGCCUGAAACUAAAGGGAGAACGCUGGAGGAAAUUGAGAACUAUUUCAGAACUGGACGCACCUUCACCACUGCUGAGAGUUAGUCUUUUCUGCAGUCAGGGAAACUUGUAAAAGAAUUUCCGUUUUGUGGAAGGGAAAAAGUACUGAACUGACUACAUGACUACAUUACAGUUUUCAACCUUUUGCUGUCUUAGUAUACAUAUUUUGGUGAUGCUGUUUUCUGCUGUAAAUAUGUAACUAACUAAAUAAGGUGAUGAAGUACUGUACAAAUACACUGUACUGUAUAAAUACACUAUAAAAAAAUACAGUAUGUCUGUGCCAAAUUUUGCUCU